CUUGUUCGUUGUUGUGUUUUUAUUACAAUGUUUAAUAAAGCUUGUAUCAAUCACACCUUUCUUGGAAAAUUGCAUACACGUUUUAUUGUGUUGACGAGAUGGAUAAAGCUAAAAAGAUGUUUUGGAGAAAUCGAAUCUCACGAACGUGAUUUGGCACCGGCAGACCGACUGACUCUGACACAUCAACGUCAGGAAACCGCAUUACAAACAAUCUAUACUCGAUAUUACACGGACCUGGUAACUGCGAUGACUGCCAAUCUGGUUGCGGAUGUGGUCACCUAUCCAUUGGAAACCCUGGUAAUUCGAUUGUGCGUACAAGGUACUCGAACGUUGGUGGACAAUAUGGACACAGGCGAUGUGGUUGUUCCGAUCGUCUCAUCAUAUGACGGUUUCACCGAUGCACUCCGAGGUGCACUGGAUUCUCCUCUCGGUGUACUCGGUCUCUAUCGGGGUUUCGGGGCACUUGCAGGCCAGUACGCUAUUCAAGCUGCAUUCCUGUACGGGAUUCCUUCACGCACGUACACAAAGCUGCCGUGUUUUUCUUUUUUUAAUCAUGCCUGUUCACCAGUGACCAUCUGGAGAAAACCCUCACGACCGAUCACAAUUGUCUCCUAUUUUUUGCCCAGCUUUUCGAAUAUGUCAGUUGCCGUGCAGUUUCCCGCUUUGUACAGAACCAGAUGGUUCCUCUGA